GUAAUUAAAGGUUAUGUUUAAGAGACAUACUGCUUUACUGAAGUUGUUUUUGUUGUCAAAAUGAAAUAUAAAAUUUAAUUUAAACUGUUAACAUCACCGAGUCAAUGAUAACAGCAACGACAAUAAUAUCAACAAAAUAAAAAUAAAAUGUAAUGUUGGUAAAUAUAUAUAAAAGAAAACAAAUAAACAAAAUCAAACGAAAUGUUGGUUAUUUUUAUUUAAACCAACGAGUUAACUGAAAUUAAAAUAUUUAUAAAAAACAAAAAUUGAAUAAAUAAAAAUAUCUUGCAUAUUAAUAUAUCAACAAAAUGAAUAGAAUUAGAGCCAGAUCUACUGGUAAUAUAAUUUUUGCUUGUAUUGGUAUUGCUGGUAUAAUAAUUAUAUUUCGAUUACUAAGUGUACAAGUUGAUGCAGAUCAUUCAGAGUCUUCAGAGUUAUUAGAAUACAAUUCACCUUGGCAUUAUGAGUGCAUCAAUGGUUUCUGCAGUAAAACAGAAAAAACUUUAUCAACAAAAAACCCAGUAUCAUUGGAUGUUUGCCAAUUAUUUUGUGGUGAUGGUGGUACAUUGUGGCCAAAACCAACUGGUCUUGUAUCACUUGGUGAAUAUGUUGCUCAUAUUGAUCCAGAUAAAAUAAUUUUACAUGGUAUUGAUGGUGGUUCAUCUGCUGGUAAAUUAAUUGAAAAAAAUAUUGAUAUUUUAAAACAACAUAUUAAAAAAAUUGGUAAUAAUCCAAUUAAAAUUGGUGGCCUUGGUCUUACAAUUAGUAUUGUUGGUUUGAUUGAUCCGGAUAAUGUUAAAAUAACUCUUGAAACUAAAGAAAGCUAUUCUCUAAAAAUAACUCGAGAAAAUAAAAAAAUGAUAAGUGUGGCUAUAGAAGCAGAAAGUUAUUUUGGUAUUAGAAAUGGUUUUUCUACUCUAUCACAGCUGAUAGUGUUUGAUGAAUUUUACAAUAAAAUUCAAAUUGUUAGAGAUGUUACAAUUAUAGAUUCUCCAGUAUAUCCAUAUCGAGGGAUUCUCUUGGAUACGUCGAGAAAUUAUAUCGACAAAGCAACAAUACUACGUACUAUUGAAGGAAUGGGUAUGUCCAAGUUGAAUACCUUCCACUGGCAUAUUACAGACUCACACAGUUUUCCUUAUGUCAGUAAAACACUGCCAAAAAUGUCAAAGUAUGGUGCUUACUCUCCACAAAAAAUUUAUACACCUGAUGAUGUCAAAGAAAUUGUUGAAUAUGGUCUUGUUCAUGGUGUAAGAAUUCUUCCAGAGCUUGAUGCACCAGCUCAUGUUGGUGAAGGCUGGCAGUGGGUUGGUGAUGAUGCAACUGUUUGCUUUAAAGCUGAACCUUGGAAUAAAUAUUGUGUUGAACCACCAUGUGGACAAUUAAAUCCAGCAUCAGAAAAAGUUUAUGAAAUUUUAGAAGGAAUUUAUGGUGAUAUGAUUGAAGAUUUCAAGCCAGAUAUAUUUCACAUGGGUGGUGAUGAAGUUAAUAUGACCUGUUGGAAUUCAUCACUUGUUAUAACAGAUUGGAUGAAAAAAAUUCAAGGCUGGAAUUUAAAAAUGGAUAGCUUCAUUGAUCUUUGGGCAUUAUUUCAAGAAAGAGCAUAUGAAAAACUAAAAAAAGCCAAUGGUGGAAAAGAUUUGCAUGUGGUACUUUGGACAAGUGGAUUAACUACUGAUAAAAAUUUAAUGAAAUUAGAUCCUAAAAGAUAUAUUAUUCAAGUGUGGACAAGUGGAGAUGACAUGACAAUUGGAAGACUUGCUGAGGGAAAUUAUAAAAUGAUUAUUUCGAAUUAUGAUGCAUUGUAUCUUGAUUGUGGGUUGAGUGCUUGGGUUGGUGAAGGGACAAACUGGUGUUCACCUUACAAAGGUUGGCAAAAAAUUUACAAAAAUUCUCCAUUGGAAUUGCUCAAGAGGCAGGGUUAUGAGUCCAAAAAACACCUGAUUCUUGGUGGUGAAGCUGCAUUGUGGUCAGAGCAAGUAGACAGUACUUCAGUUGAUUCAAGACUCUGGCCAAGAGCAGCAGCAAUGGCUGAGAGACUCUGGGGUGAACCAGAAACAAGCUGGUCUCAAGCUGAACAAAGAAUGCUUAGACAUCGUGAACGACUAGUCAGUCGAGGCAUUCUUGCAGACAGCUUGGAACCAGAGUGGUGCUUACAAAAUCAAGGCCACUGUUAUGCUCAAGAAUAAUUAAAUGUCAUUACAUUUCAAUCACUGUGAUUAAAGAAUUUUUACAAAAACUCAUUGUUUUUUACUUUAAUUCUACGUAAUUCAACAUCAUCAACCUCAAUACAUAGUCUUCACUCAUUGAUUAAUCAUAAAUCUUGUCAUUAAAAUUACUCAUUUAUUCGAUAAAGGACCAAAGGUGAGCCAACUAAUUUCCAGAAGAAAUCUCUUCCAACUUGGAAUAUAUUCAUUAACGUUCUUUUUUCUUUAUUUUUUCCAAAUACUUUAUAUAAAAUUACCAUUAAUAAUAAUUUAAUAUAGCAUUGUUUAAAAUAUACGUAUUAAAAAAUAGUUUAUAAAUUUAUUAAAUAGUUAAUCUAGUUUACUUGUAAUAAUUUUUUGUAUACAUGAAAAAGAAAAUAUAAAAAUGAUGUUUAUAGAUAAACUGCAUUAUAAAUAAAUAAAUCAAAUAUUUUUUAUUUAAUUUUAGUA